CGUAUUUGAAUGUCGGUCGCGUUGAGAACGUUGACGCCUCUGUGUUAUUGUUUUACGAUUUUUUUAAAAUAAAUUAUCAUAAAAUGAAAUAAAAAAAAAGACGAAGAAGGCAAGACAGUAGUAGAGCCAUUAAACCAUUUGUGUUUUUUGCUUUUGGUGUUGAGCGGAGACAAUUCGAUUCGCCAACAAAAUCGAAUGAAGAUUAUCGGUGCAGAGUGGCAAAUCGAUUUUCAUGUGAUAUCGGGUUCGGUUGAGAAAUACCCUGAACGAAAUUUUUUUUUAUUUUUAAAUUUUAUUAUGCAAAAUGUGAUUAUGUGUCACGGACACUGAAGUGUAAAGCUAUACAUUUUCGCGUUAUUCCACUAUAUUCACCAUGCUGUUACACACAUGUGGCGAUUGAUAAUUUAUUCGAAAUAGUGAAGCAAAAAAAAGCGUUGACUUGAUAGUGUUUACAUCGAAAACCGAGCACAUCAUUUUGGUAAAUUAAUCAAAUGUUAAAUGUAAUCAAGCAUUUGUACACAAAGGUUAAAAUGAAAAAUAUCACCAUUCUUCUAACGUUCUGUUGGAUCUUAUGGAUAUCGCAAAUAUUUGCCAUAUCUACAAUGUUUCAUUACGGAAUUCCUGACAUUCCAGCAACAGCGCCCAUAGUCACACUCGUCGAGAAAAUUUCCGAAAUCAAUCUGGAAUCAACGGUAGAAGAAGAUACGGAAGAUAUCAGCCACAACAACACGCAAUCGCCCGUAACCGAUCUUCCGAAUGAUUCACUGAAAUCACUCGAUGCCAUUUACGAUCCAGAUGCACAGCGUAAAGAGCAACCCGAUAAUGCUAGCUCACCACCACCAGUGCAGAAAGAUGAAAUUGAAAUCGUACAAGAUGUACCGCCGGAUGAGCAGAUCAAUAUGAUUAAUGAUUCAGGAGGAACCGGACGUACUGACGAGGAUACGAAAGCUGAAUCGAAUGAGGUGUACACCGUGGACGCUGAAGCUGUUGAGAAGGCUGAGGUGAACUUAACGGAAGAGGAGAUUCCGGUUUUUUCCGAAUGGGCGCAAAAGCAUUUAGAAGAAGCGGAAAAGAAACUGGAAAAGGAAGCGGUAAAUACGUCGACAAUGAAAAAGAAUUCGACGCAAGGUCACAAAACGCCGGUGGUUAAGCUACGAGCCAAGAACUAUGCAUCACCCGAUUGCGGAGCGAAAAUAAUAGCAGCCAAUUCAGAAGCAUCGAGUACGGGUUCGGUGCUGACAACGACGAAAGACGAAUAUCUUCUUAGUCCAUGUACGAGUCGCAUUUGGUUUGUCGUUGAAUUGUGCGAAGCCAUUCAAGCCGAAGUCAUUGACUUGGCCAACUUCGAGUUGUUUUCUUCGUCGCCGAAGAAUUUCUCCGUGUCGGUCAGCAAUCGUUUCCCAACCAGAGAAUGGUCAAACGUUGGACGCUUCACUGCCAAAGAUGAACGAGACAUUCAGAGUUUCGAUUUGUUCCCGCAUCUCUUCGGAAAGUACGUUCGGGUGGACAUCCAUUCGCAUUACAAUUCGGAACACUUUUGUCCGAUUUCGCUUUUUCGCGUCUACGGUACAUCCGAAUUUGAGGCAUUUGAAACGGAAAACCGAAUCCAUUCGGUUGACGACGACGAUGAUGAUGAUGAGGAUGAGGAUGUAGGUGAAGCGAAACAUAAUGAGAACAAUAUUUUCAAGUCGGCCAGUGAUGUGGUGAUGUCAAUUGUUAAGAAAGCUGCUGCUUCCUUUGUCAAACCGAAUGAGGCAGUCAACAAUCGAACGGAGGAAGCAGGCACACGCAAACUAGCUGACAAAUGUAUGACACCAAAUUUCGUGCUGAUGUGCAAACACUGCUCGAGUAGUUUAGCCGUGGAAGUGAACAAUUUGCUCAAUUGUGAAAUGAACGUUUUGAAUAGGAUACUGACGUCCGAUGUGAUAAGACAGAGCAUUUAUAAAUCUCAAAUUUGUGCCAAUUUAGUUGGAUUAGACUUAAGUUUAAGUUGUAGCAGUGAGGAUGUGUCGAACAGCUAUUUGACGGACAUGUCAACGGACUAUGUGUUACAUAUGUUCCCGGUUCGGUACGUUGCGGCAAUGUGUAACGUACUGGGUGUAGUCGAUAAAAAACUGAAAAAUGUUAGUUAUGUGUCGGAAACGAAUGGUGCAAAAGACGGAACGAAUUUAACGAUCGAUAAAAUGGGCGGUGAUAAGCUGCUGAUGCCGAAUAUGAUUCUGUCGAAUGAGGAUGACAAACUGAAGAACAGCAAAAACGUCAACAUCGAAACGGUGAAACCAGUGGACUCGUCAACCGAACAAUCUCAGGAAAGGGACGUGCUAGUCGCUGAUACAAUUGCCGAUUCAAGUCGCAAGGAGACCGAAGAAGCGGUAGCCACGCAAAUUCAAGCACCACCGUUGGAUGUUGAAGCAGAACAAAUUAUCGCCACCGAUCCAGUAGAUUCGUCGGAGCGAAAAUAUGUGACGGAUUUGAAUGAAAACAGAGAGCAACAGCAGCAGUCAACGCAUGAUGAAGCGGUCAAUGUCAAAACUGAUGGAAUGAAUGGAAGCUGGGAAAAUAUUGACAAUUUACUGUCGACGCCGGUACCGGAAAUAGCUGAAGUUCAUGCGUACGAGGAGAAUGUGAAUGGCGCAUUGACAAGUCAUCAGCCUGGCCAGAAGGUUCAUUCGGAGAGUGUGUUCCUGCGUCUAUCCAAUCGGAUAAAGGCCUUGGAACGAAACAUGUCCCUAUCUGGUCAGUAUCUGGAAGAGUUGAGUCGACGCUACAAAAAACAGGUGGAAGAGCUUCAAUUGGCUUUCGCUCGAAGCCUUAACAUAGCUGAAGAGCAAGCAAAACGUAAUUUCGAACGGGAACAACAAUUUUACGAACAAACUCAACAAUUGCGUCGUGACAUAGAAUCUCUGAGCGAAAAUUUCUUCUCGUGGACACGCAUUACGGUCAUAUUCGUCGGUUUCGCCUUUCUACAAAUUUCCAUCAUUUUGAUUGUGGUCAAGAUUUGGAUUCGCCGAUACCUCGAACGCAUCGGUGUUCAUCCACAAAAUGACAAUCAGCGAGGUAAUACUGAUCAGGCGGCUGUUCGAGAACGUCGACGAUCCACUGAUGCAGUGAAAGGAGCUGUUCCGCGCACAUCACAACGGAAGCGUAGACCUAGUGAGGAGGCACUGCAGAUCAGCGGAACAUACAAGGAACUGAUGAUUCAAGAUGACAUUGUCGAUAUUGGUCCCGACUACGAAGAAUAUGAUUCGUUUGUGGAAACCAGAAAGAAAGGUAAACCAAAGAACCGUCGCCUAUUGAACGUUAAACGAGCUAUGUCAAUGGAACCGAUGGGCAAGCGGCCGGACUCAUCGUCAGAAGAUUUAGAAAAAUUGAAACUUUUGUAUGUCAAUGCAGGUUAUGGUCAUGGCAUAAGCGAACAGCCACUGUUAGAUGAAGAUUACGAUAUCUACGUUCCUGGUAACGAUUUAGCGUACAACGAAUUCAUGCCAGAUGGGCCAUCUGGCAGUGAUGCUAGAACAAACAAUGGCAGUGACACACCAUCGUCAACCGGUUCUACUAAGAAACCGAAAUCGCGUCGUCUGUCGUCGCCAGCUUUCUUGAAAUCACCGUUCUCACGGCAAAAUAGUAAAAAGUCAGAAACAACUACCGGUUGGGAAUGGUAUCGACUGAAACGGGGAUCGAACACUAGUCAAUCGAAAUCAAAGUCUGAGAGUCCAGAGGUUCGGGUAAAUGGUUUCAACGGUAAUGUGCCGCCAGUGAAUAAUCUACAAAGCAGUAACGAUUCGCUGAAAACGACUUCGUCAACGGUAAAUGCGAUUGGCAGCGAAAAGAAACCCGGCAGUUUUCGGAAGAUACUGAAAAAGGUGUUCUGAAUCGCAAUUCCUAACUUAGUUUGUCUGUUAAAUUAUUUAGUAUUUGUAAGUAUUUGCCUUAGUUAUUUUUUGAAUUGAGGAUGGAAGAGGAGAAGAAGCAGCAGUAAACAAGUUUAGGUUUUACUCGAAGUGUUUGUUUGCUUGGUUUUUCUUUUCGUGUGUUGUGUUGUGGAAUCAAUUUUUAUGGGUCAAUUAUUGUGCAACAACUGUGAGAGAUUUGCCAUUUGUCUGGAAUUAAUCUGGCACACAAUUACUUUCAUAUUUUGUGGUGUACAUCCCGCUCUUGCCACUGCAGUUAGUAAUGUAGAUUUGAUGUUUUUGACUUGAUCUCUCGACAGCUUUGCUCAGGUAGAAGCAUUUCUUCUUCAUUACAUUAGUAACAAAGGCUCUACCUUAACGCCAAAAAAAUAUCACUUCUAUGAGCAGCUUAAAUUCCAACUAUUUGACGGUAUUGUCCCCUACGGCGAAUGGUAAAAAAAAUUCCCCUCAAUUUUGCUCUUCUAAUUCGGUUCAUUUAAGCAGCAAAUGUAACAUCAAGUGACUAUUAUCAACAGGAACGUGAGCCAGACAUGAUUUUUUUGCAUUAAGCAUUUCACAUCCAGUGGCGACAACUCAAUUUUCGUCUUUUCAUGCGUUCUCAGUUUACAAACUGCUAGCAUACCGCAAUACAAUCAUUAAGUCUGUUACUUCUAUCGUACCUUUGAGUUAAGUAUUUCACCAGAUUCGUACUGAAUCUGUUCAUCAAUUAAUUCAGCCAUGCAUCCUGCAAACAAUUUCCCUUUUAAUUCCAAUUGCGUAUGCAACGUGAUACCUUUGACGCGCCAUAUGGAAGCAAAGUCAUGUCUAAAUGUCUUACUGAAGCGAAUCUUGUCGUUCUUCAUUGUUACAUUACGUCUGAGCUUUCAAAAUUUGAUUUUGACGAGUGGGGAGGUUACAGUCCGACCUGAAGGAUAUUGUUUUCAACUACCGGUUGCCUAUCACUGUACCGAAACGUCCGCAACAGAAGUGCGAUUGCGACACCUCGUCGUCAAGACAACAUUCAUCACUCAUCGCCUGACUGGCAGUUAGUUGCUACUAGUGUAAAAUGACAUACAGGCCGACGUACUUAUCUAAGAGCAUUUACCUUAAUGGCCGAGGGAAAAGCUGGUUCAGCAAACAAUGCCACUGAACGCCGAAAGACUCUGAAUUCGGUUAGAGCUGGUAGCCAAAAGGUCCUUUGCAGCAUAGAAAAAAUUGUGCGUCAAUGUUGUGUUUCCGAAGGUCUGGAGGAGCGAACAUUUUGAAAAUUUAGCGAUCUGAGCGGAGUUGUUGUUUCCGAUUAAAUAAAAAAAAAAUAAAAAUCUUUAUCGAGUAUACGUACACUGAGUGUGUCCUUGGGUGAGUGAGUGAGCCAAGUGUGAUCGAUUUGAAAAUGAUUUAAUGUAUUUGGAGUGCCAAUUUGUAAACUGUAAUAGAAUUAAAAAUGCCUAAGAAAGCUUUAAAACACACUUCUGAUUCUGAAUGAUAUUUUUGUAAAAUGCCUUGGAUAUGAGUUUUUGUGAUUUCAAUUUGUUAGUUAUCUUUUUAGGCUGUAAAAGCAAAUUUAUUGUAGUGUUACUCGUAGAAAUACCUAAGUUAUUUGUACAAAAAACAAUAAAGACUUUCAAUUGUA